AUAUCCUUCAUCUGCAAAGGCACAGUCCAAGGCGUCAACUUCCGUUCUUUUACAGAAGAAAAAGCCACAAAUCUAAAUUUGACGGGUUUUGUGAAGAAUGCUAGUGAUGGUACGGUCAUCGGAGAAGCUCAAGGCUCUUCGAGCAAUCUGGACAAAUUUGUGCAGCAUUUGAAGAUGGGUCCACGAGCUGCGAAGGUCAGUGGGGUGGAAGUGGAGGAUGUGCAGAUGAAAGAGGAGGAGAGGGCGUUUGAGCAGUAA